GAUCCCUAACCAUGGACCUGCCCACUUCCCCAUCACAAUGGUAGCACGUGGUCUGCCUCGUGCAGUAAAUUGUCUGAUGCUUCUUCCGGCCUAGCCUAUUUUUGGGGGAAGCUGAGACGAAAAGAGCAUAAUGAUUCGGUAGGCCUAUGCCAUUGCAAGUAUUACAGCGCAUAAAAUGGCAAGUUUUCAGAAGCGGAGGAUCCAGUCCUCUUCCAUCCAGGGUACAAAGCCAUCUCCCUUGAAUGCUCAGGUCAUCACUUCUUCUGGAACACCUUCCAUGGAUUUUUUCAUCGUGGACCAAUCUCCUGAGACUCUGUUGGCUGAGAUCCCUGGACCUAUUGCUGAGCUGAAGCCAGAUCAGGAAGAUAUUCCCAUGGAAAAGCCAGGAGACAUGAAAAUAGCAUGGAGAUAUGGAGAUCUUCCUGCUGUGCAGACCAGCAUUGGAGUGAAUCGAUUUGACCUAACCAAAAAAAUGGAUGCUAACCUUCUGAAUUCUUGUAACUUGACAUAUUGGAAUGGGUCAGCUGAACAUGGUAUUGGAAAUGGGAGCCAGAUCAACCCUCAAUAUGUAUCACUGCUCAAAAAUAUACAAGAGGUCCUCAGUUCAAAAGAUGGAAAGGUUUAUAAGGCAACCAACCUGCAUAGGAUUGCCCUUUCUGAAUUGGGUUCCCCACUCUUUGGAGAGGAGGGAGUGAGAUGGAAACCAGAUACCAAUGUCAACAGUCUCCUCAUCUUCCUUCAUUCUCUUAAGUCUCUUCUCCGACUCUCAUCUGCUGUUGCCUUUGUGACAUUGCCUUCAGAGCUUCUGCAGAAUAAGGGAUUGGUGAAGCGCUGUGAGGGAAUUGCUGAUUUUGUGCUUCGCCUGGAGUCCUUUGUGGGGUCUGAGAAAGAAACUAAUCCAGUCUUCAAGGACUUCCAUGGGCUUUUCCACAUUGUGAAGCUCCCAGUUCUUAAUUCACUCACACAUUUCAUCCCUGAUACCUUGGAUCUUGCCUUCAAACUCAGAAGAAAAAAGUUUAGUAUUGAGAGGCUACACUUGCCACCCGAGUUGUCCGAUACAGCAGCUCGACCCCAAGAAGACCCAGUGCCCAAUUUGAAGGCUUCAGCAGGGUGCAUGCCCACUGGAGGCCACAUAAACUUGGACUUCUGACAGGAAGAUUGUUGUGGCUGCUGUGAUAUGCAUCAAACACUUUUUACAAUUUUUGUGAAAUUGAGGUUUUCUCAAAGAGAAUUUUGGUCACUGUUGAUCAAUACAUG